AUGGAAGUGCGCUGAGUAACGAGGUGAUGUUCCCGUUUUCCCAUGGUCUGAGAGCAAUCAGCAGCCAGCAUCUCUCUGCUGACUCCACACACGGCUCCGCUUUUAAGCUGCAAUAACACCCCCCACAUACUGGACUAUUAGUUGCAGUGACUUGUAUUAUUUCACUACAAAUACACAGUAGGUUGAUGUUUGCACCUGUGCACGCUAGAGCUGUCAGACCACCUUAAAUUCCCUUUUUUCUUCAACUAUAAAGGGUUUGGAAGGGGCACACUGCUGCGUUUACCCUCCAGACUUUUCUUUUUUCUUUUAAAAGCUGUGGGUAGAGUGAGAGCCAGCCGGUGACCUCGCCAUGGUGUUACCGCCCCCAGACAAACGCCACGUGUGCCUGACCACCAUCGUCAUCAUGACCAGCAUGGCCUUCAUGGACGCCUACCUGGUGGAGCAGAACCAGGGUCCCAGAAAGAUUGGUGUGUGCAUUAUAGUGCUGGUAGGGGAUGUAUGCUUCCUCAUCGUGCUGCGAUAUGUGGCGGUGUGGGUUGGAGCAGAGGUGCGCACCGCCCGUCGAGGAUACGCCAUGAUCCUUUGGUUUCUCUACAUCUUUGUUCUGGAGAUCAAACUCUACUUUGUUUUCCAGAAUUGCAAAGCUGACAGGAAGAGCCUAGAGACCGUGGCACGCAAGGCUUUGACGCUAUUAUUAUCAGUGUGCGUGCCAGGUUUAUACCUCGUUCUCGUGGCUCUUGAUAGUAUGGAAUAUGUGAGGACUUUUAGAAAGAAGGAGGACAUGAGGAGCCGUCUGUUCUGGGUGGCCCUGGACCUACUCGACCUGCUGGAUAUCCAAGCGAACCUGUGGGAGCCCCAGCGGACGGGCUUACCCAUCUGGGCUGAGGGCCUGAUGUUCUUCUACUGCUACAUCCUGCUGCUCAUCCUGCCCUGCGUGUCGCUCAGCGAAAUCAGCAUGCAGGGGGAGCACAUGUCGCCCCAGAAGAUGAUGCUGUACCCGGUCCUGAGCCUGGUCACCAUAAACGUGGUCACCAUCCUCAUACGUGGCGUGAACAUGGUGUUGUUUCAGGACAGCCGCGUGUCCACCAUCUUUGUCGGCAAGAACGUGGUGGCCAUCGCAACCAAGGCGUCCACCUUCCUGGAGUACCGCAGACAGGUGAAGGAGUUCCCCCACCCGCAGAACGCCAUGGCGCUAGAGCUGCAGCAGAACUCCGUCAGCCACACACAGCCGCUGCCCAACACCACCAGUUUGCCACAUGAACCUUCGCCAGCGCAGGACGUCAUUGACACAUGACCGCCAGCGCUGGACACUGCACCAUUACAGACCGAAUGCUUUUUUUAUGAAAAGCUCCAGGAACGGAUGUGGAUAGAGAAAUCAGCUGCAUGACAGGAUGAUAUUCUGCUCUUGUCAAGCCCACUUGAACUGCUGUGAAACCAUAAAAGAGAUUUUCAGCAUCACCUGCCUGUCAGAACAUACUGUAAACCUACACUUGACUCUGAGUGCAGUGUGCAGACUUAAAAAAAAAAAAAAAAAAUCUAAGGUUUUUAUCGUGUUACUGUGUUUUUAAUUGUUUCACAUGUUUUAAAAAGUUCAGACUUCAUCAAAAGACAAUCUGCACAGUGUGCAGCCCGGUGACAUUACAUCGUGUAAAAUGGUUGGUUCCCCCCCGGUGAGUAUCCUGUUUUUUGGGGGGGUUUUUAAAGGUCACUUUUUUCCCCCCCUUCCGACAGUGCAUCUGUGGCAUUUCCUUUGAAUUCCAGCACCAAAGGACGCAGCACUCAGCGUGAAGCACUGAUGGAGAGGAGGAGCAGAGAGAGUCAGUGAAGAGGGGCUAUCUGAGCUGUGCUAGAUGGAGGCUGGUGGCAGACGAAUGCUUUUCCCCUUGUGUCUCUGGUUCUGCUGAGAAUGAAGCCGCUGCAUCAGUGUGAUGCUUUAUGGCCAAAGGUCUGAUUAAAGCACUGGAGCUCGGCACUGUACACAUCCACCGCAGGCAUUGAAGCUUGCGUUUUACUGUGUGUUUGACUUUAGAGUAUGCCUGAAAGAGGGGGUGCCUUCGCCACGGGAGGUUAAUGUUAUUUCCAAACCCUUUGGAAGAUUUCACGAGCGGAUGAUGUGUGUGAUGACUUGCAAAUGAGAUAAAUAAUGUUGUGAUGUCAGAAGAA